AUGUUAAAAGAUAUUAAAAAUAUCUCUUUCUUUCUUUUUCACUUUCUUAUUUCCCGCCUUUUCGUUUACGUUCUCUUCCUUCAAAUUCAACUUUCUAACUUGAUCCCGAUUUGUUUCUUGAUUAAUUUUCCGUUUCGUUUUUCUUUUAUCUAUCUAUCUAUCUAUCUAUCUAUCUAUCUAUCUAUCUAUCUAUUACUUUCUUUUUCAAUCUGUUUUUUCAUUCCCGUCUGUCAAUGUAUCUAUCUAUCAAUCUAUCAGUUUCUUACUUUCUCAAUUUUUUUCUUCCUAUCUCAGACUAUUCAUAUCUAUCUAUCUAUCUAUCUAUCUAUCUAUCUAUCUAUCUAUCUAUCUAUCUAUUUCAGCCUAUUCGUAUCUAUCUAUCUAUCUAUCUAUCUAUCUAUCUAUCUAUCUAUCUAUCUAUCUAUCUAUCUCAGCCUAUUUGUAUCUAUCUAUCUAUCUCAGACUAUUUGUAUCUAUCUAUCUCAGCCUAUUCGUAUCUAUCUAUCUAUCUAUCUAUCUAUCUAUCUAUCUAUCUAUCUAUCUAUCUCAGACUAUUCGUAUCUAUCUAUCUCAGCCUAUUCGUAUCUAUCUAUCUAUCUAUCUAUCUCAGACUAUUCGUAUCUAUCUAUCUAUCUAUCUAUCUCAGACUAUUCGCAUCUAUCUAUCUAUCUAUCUAUCUAUCUAUCUAUCUAUCUCAGACUAUUCGCAUCUAUCUAUCUCAGCCUAUUCGCAUCUAUCUAUCUAUCUAUCUAUCUAUCUCAGCCUAUUCGCAUCUAUCUAUCUAUCUAUCUAUCUAUCUAUCUCAGACUAUUCGCAUCUAUCUAUCUCAGCCUAUUCGCAUCUAUCUAUCUAUCUAUCUAUCUAUCUCCAUCUAUCUCAGCCUAUUCGCAUCUAUCUAUCUAUCCUAUCUAUCUAUCUAUCUCAGACUAUUCAUAUCUAUCUAUCUAUCUAUCUCCAUCUAUCUAUCUCAGACUAUUCGCAUCUAUCUAUCUAUCCAUCUAUCUAUCUAUCUAUCUAUCUAUCUCAGACUAUUCGCAUCUAUCUAUCUCAGCCUAUUCGCAUCUAUCUAUCUAUCUAUCUAUCUCAGCCUAUUCGCAUCUAUCUAUCUAUCUAUCUAUCUAUCUAUCUAUCUCAGACUAUUCGCAUCUAUCUAUCUCAGCCUAUUCGCAUCUAUCUAUCUAUCUAUCUCAGCCUAUUCGCAUCUAUCUAUCUAUCUAUCUAUCUAUCUGUCUAUCUAUCUAUCUAUCUAUCUAUCUCAGCCUAUUCGCAUCUAUCUAUCUAUCUAUCUCAGCCUAUUCGCAUCUAUCUAUCUAUCUAUCUAUCUAUCUAUCUAUCUAUCUAUCUCAGCCUAUUCGCAUCUAUCUAUCUAUCUAUCUAUCUAUCUAUCUAUCUAUCUAUCUAUCUAUCUAUCUGAGCCUGUUCAUUAUCUAUCUAUCUAUCUAUCUAUCUAUCUCAGCCUAUUCGCAUCUAUCUAUCUAUCUAUCUAUCUAUCUAUCUAUCUAUCUAUCUAUCUAUCUCAGCCUAUUCGCAUCUAUCUAUCUAUCUAUCUAUCUAUCUAUCUAUCUAUCUAUCUAUCUAUCUGAGCCUGUUCAUUAUCUAUCUAUCUAUCUAUCUAUCUAUCUAUCUAUCUCAGCCUAUUCGCAUCUAUCUAUCUAUCUAUCUAUCUAUCUCAGCCUAUUCGCAUCUAUCUAUCUAUCUAUCUAUCUAUCUAUCUAUCUAUCUAUCUAUCUAUCUCAGCCUAUUCGUAUCUAUCUAUCUAUUCUCUGGGCAUAUCUGUCUCAUUUCCUUUCAUCUCUUUGUCUACCGAUAGACAAACAUCUUAACGCACUAUUCUCUUAUUCCAAAAGCCGUUUACAGUUAUCGAUCCCCUCCCAAUAUGUCAAGAUUCACAGCUUUAAGCAUCGCUCAAUAAAUUAUCUAUCCAGUCCGAUUGACCCCCUACCUUUUGCCCAUCGAAAUUGUCACCUUCAGAAAACUUCUUUUCUUCGACACACUUGCCCACUAAUGUCAAUUGUUGUCCUAACACGGUGUUUACUCAGCCAAUCUCCGAAAACCCUGGUGGUAAUCUCGAUCCCUCUUCACUCAUCAACAGCAGGUGCUAUGAGGCGCCUCAUAGGUGCUAUCAGGAGCCUCAUAGGUGCUAUGAGGCGCUUCGUAGGUGCUAUCGGGAGCCUCAUGGGUGAUAUCAGGCGCCUCAUAGGUGUUAUCAGGAGCCUCGUUUGUGCUAUCAGGUGCCUCGUAGGUUCUAUCAGGCGCUUCAUAUAUGCUAUCAGUCGCCUCACUGGUGCUAUCAGGCGCCUCGUAGGUGCUAUCAGGCGCCUCGUAGGUGCUAUCAGGCGCCUCGUAUGUGCUAUCAGGAACCUCACAGGUGCUACCAUGCGCCUCAUAGGUGCUAUCAGGCGCCUCGUAGGUUCUAUCAGGCGCUUCAUAGGUGCUAUUAGGCGCCUCGUAGAUGCUAUCAGGCGACUCGUAGGUGCUAUCAGGCGUGUUGCUUCUUUAUUUUCCGCAUUUCUUCUUUCCGUUUUUCUUCUGAUUAUUUUUGAUUCUUCUUCACUUUCAUUCUUUUACAUUCUUUCCUUUUUAUUCUUGCUUUUCAAUAUAUCCUCUUCUCUUCGUCAUAUUCUCUCACUUUCUUUCAUAAUACCUCUCUCUUUCUUCUCCUUUCUUUCCCCCAUCCUCUUUCCCUCCACUCUCUUCCCACUCUCUCUUUUCACACUCUCUUUCUCAUUCCCUCUUUCCCCUGUUUUCCCUCACUUUUUCCCUUGUCUUUCUCUCUCUUUCUCCCUCUUUCUUUCCCCACUCUCUAAUCAUUCUCUCUUUCCCCCACUCUCUUCCCCUCUCUUUCUUUUCUUUGUCUUCUCCCUCUCUCUUUCCCCACUCUCUUUCGCACUCCCUCUUUCCCCCACUCUCUUCCCCUCUCUUUCUUUUCUUUGUCUUCUCCCUCUCUCUUUCCAUACUCUCUUCCCACUCUCUCUUUUUCCACUCUUUUUCGCACUCCAUCUUUCCCCCACUUUUUUCCACUUCCUUUUUUUCCCUUGUCUUUUCCCCACUCUCUUCCACCUCUCUUUCCCCACUCUCGUUCACUCUCCCUUUCUCCCUCACACUUUCACCCUCUCUUUACCACUUUCUCUUCCCCCUUACAUUUUCCUCCUCUCCAUUUUAUUUGGGAGUCCCAAGGCAGCGUUAUUUUUUCAUCUCUGUCGAAACCCAAACAUACAUCACCGACAAAACAAUCAGUCGUAG